UGCAAACCUCAGCAAGUGUGGCUGCGGGCUCUUGGAAAGGAGUUGGAAUAGAGGGGAAGGGCUACAACCGCCCUUUGGGGCUAAAUAAUGAACUGCACCAUGGAGGAGAAGGAAGGAAGGAAAGAGCCCCUUCUCAAUUAAUGCAGGAGCUUUAUUCUAUUGAGCAGCCUCUCAGCCAAUGAGGCUGGAGCUCUGCAGAAUACAGCGACGUACGGGAGCCCUGGAGGGGCGGGUGGAGAAAGCAACUGCAGCAUUUCGAAAGACUGACCUGCCGGAUUGAAGUCUUCAGCCAACCUUGGACUUUGCCUGUACGGGUGUAUGUGUGCCUCUCCGGGCCAGCCUGCUACUCAGUUGUGACCCAGUAGUUGAGACCAGGCAGUUGGUUAUCUGUCCCCCUUAACCAUCAAGAGGUUUCCAGAGCGCUUAACAUCCAGUCAGUCCAAGAGGUUGUGGGUACCUCGAGAAGCCAGCCAAGAUGACUUGGAAACUCUUUAAGAAAAAUCCCAAUCCUGAGCCCAUCAUAGCUGGGUCUGUGGCACCACCUGCACCCCCCACAACAACAUUGGCCACAGUGGCAUCAAUGGACAACUCAACUGAGUCAGGCCCAGUGGAGAACAAGGAGGAUGUGUUUGCCCAAAUCAAAGAAAAAUUUAUGAAUGAGAUAAAAAAGAUUCCAUUGCCACCAUGGGCCCUGAUUGCCAUUGCAGUGGUAGCUGGGCUGCUGAUCCUCACCUGCUGCUUUUGCAUCUGCAAGAAGUGCUGCUGCAAGAAGAAGAAAAACAAGAAGGAGAAAGGCAAGGGGAUGAAAAAUGCCAUGAACAUGAAAGACAUGGGAGGCCAGAAUAAACAGGAUGAUGAUGAUGGAGAUGGAGAAGAAGAGGGAGAAGAAGAGGAGGCGGAGAAGGAGCCAGAGAACUUGGGAAAGCUGCAGUUCUCCCUAGACUAUGAUUUUCAGGGAAACCAGCUGACAGUAGGGAUCCUCCAAGCUGCUGAACUCCCAGCACUGGAUAUGGGGGGCACAUCAGAUCCUUAUGUUAAAGUCUUCCUGCUUCCUGAUAAGAAGAAGAAGUACGAGACCAAAGUGCAAAAGAAGACCCUCAAUCCAACUUACAAUGAGACCUUUGUCUUCAAGAUUCCCUAUCAGGAACUGGGUGGAAAGACCUUGGUAAUGGCCAUCUACGACUUUGACCGUUUCUCCAAGCAUGACAUCAUUGGGGAAGUCAAGGUGCCCAUGAACACUGUGGACUUGGGACAGCCCAUUGAAGAGUGGAGAGACCUCGAGAGUGCAGAAAAAGAGGAGCCUGAGAAAUUGGGAGACAUCUGUAUCUCACUACGAUAUGUGCCCACUGCUGGGAAGCUGACUGUCUGUAUUUUGGAAGCAAAGAACUUGAAAAAGAUGGAUGUUGGUGGACUUUCAGACCCUUACGUGAAGAUUCACCUGCUGCAAAAUGGCAAGCGACUUAAGAAGAAGAAAACCACUGUCAAGAAGAAGACUCUAAAUCCUUAUUUCAAUGAAUCUUUCAGCUUUGAGAUUCCCUUUGAACAGAUACAGAAAGUGCAAGUUGUGAUCACCGUGCUGGAUUAUGACAAACUGGGCAAGAAUGAAGCCAUCGGCAAAGUAUUUGUUGGCAACAACUCCACCGGCACAGAGCUGCGGCACUGGUCUGACAUGCUGGCCAACCCUCGCCGCCCCAUUGCCCAGUGGCAUUCCCUGAAGCCUGAAGAGGAAGUGGAUGCAGCUCUUGGGAAAAACAAAUAGGCUACUCCAUACCCCAGCAAUCACCUACUGAACAUUCAAAGUGAUCCAGAGCUAUCAAUACCUCAGUUAGGCGACGUUUGGUUUCUGUUCUGUUCCGUUCCGUUUUCUAAGCUGCAGUACCCUUUUUUUGAUGGCCGUAGAGGAAUUCCAGAUGCACCUAAGCGUUUCCAAGAGAAAGAGUUUGGAAGCCACAGAGGUUUCUUUUACAUUCUUCCAAGUAGUUUGUCUGCUGCAUGUUCCAUCAUCUCUCUGUGUUGUCCUCUUCAAGCGCCAAGCUUGGGGUUCCUUCCUCAAGGCCAUCGUGAAUAGCACAUGGUUUGCUUUUAUUCUCUUUGAGUUUUUUCUCCUUUAAAUCAGACCUUUGAACAUUGUGCUAGGAUGAUACCAGAGCCUGACAAUGUGAGUUGACCAGACAAACUGUUCUUGCUUUGGAAAGUAAUAGCAAAGGUCAUAAAAUGAUGCUCUUAUUUACCAUAUGAGCAUCUUGGUACAUCAAGUUGGUUGGCCUUUGGCCAUUAGUCAUCUUCCAGAGACAAUAAGGAGCAACUCUGGCACUGGAACAUCCCCAAAGAUGUGACGAACUGGUGGAUUAAUUCUCUUUGGUGAGAAUAAUGCAUUUUGGGCAUCUUUAUUCCAUGACGUUAAUUGCCCUCUAGCAUCUAAGUACUGCAUUGGGUCUUCUAUUUCCUUGUAGUUUUCAGUUCUUUGUUAGAAUGAUGUAGUGGUACUAGAAGGAUGGCAAUUACACUUGAAUUCUUCCAGUCUGCUGAAUGAGUGCAGGACAGAGCACAAAAUAGCCUUUAUUUUUGAUGAACAGCAUAAAGGGAUAUUUAUGCAAAUAGCCCAUCCUGGUAGGUUGACCAUUUUGCAGAAAUUAGAAAGCCCGCCUUGUCAAGUCAGUCAGAUUCUAGGUAGCAGUGCCAAAGUGAAUGCAUCAUGCAAAGCUGUGGCAGCCUUCACAUAGCUUUGCAGGCCUGAAAAACAACAACCCAGGGUGCUUUGCAUAAUUUUCCCAUCAUGCCUGGCACUGCCAUAUUUCCUUUGAGGGUAUUACAGCCUAAACCUGCAGAUAUCCAGAUAUGUCUUGCAGGAAGGUAUAAUGUUGUCAGGAAUUUGGGACUGUAGGCAUGUUGGGCUUAGCUUCAUGUGUCCUUCUAAUGUUCUGAGGAUCAAGAUUUGCUGGAUAGGAAUCGGAAAGAGAAGGGAGAAGGGGCAUGACAGGCGUAUUGAGAGUGCUACAUUAAUUUUGGAUUAAAUGUUUAGCUUCGCUAUUGUGGGGGAAUUCAGAGAGAACGAAAACUUUCUGCUGGAGGCUCUCCUUCCCAUAAUAUCAUACUCUCCUAGGAGGGGAGCACAGUGGAAGUAGGUAAAAGAAGAGUAAAUCCAUUCCAUCUAAAGGACCAAAGAUGCACCAAAGGCAACAGCAUCUCCCAUACUGUAUGGCUACCAAUAACAUUUGUGGUAUCUUUGCUGGCCCCAGUGAGAUAAGCCAUAUUAUCUUUGCUACCUAGUCUUUGCACUGACCCCUGAAGGGCCUCUGUGUUUCAUAUAUUGCACCAGAGAUCAAUGUCUUGAACAUCUUGGCUUCCAAUUCAAAUUGGUGGGAAAAGCAAACUGGGUGGUAGGGGAAAUAUGGAAAGACUGGCAUGGUCCUUGAGUUUUUUCCCCUGAUGGAAUAGUUACGUUACUUCACAUUUCUCCUACAUUUCUUUUUUUGUUUUGUUUUUCCCAUUGGCACCAUGUUGGAUUGGAACACAGGGGCAACGUCCAUGUGUGGCUCCUUUGCUGCCUCAAAGGCUGACGUAUUCAGGAAUUACAGCUACAAUCCUACAUGGGAGUCUUUACCAGAAGUGACGGAGUUGGAAGAUAGCUGUUUCCUUAAAUAUCAGCAGCCUUUUCCUGCAAUUACCAUGGCUGGCUCUGGAAUUUCAACAGCAGAUUUUGAGAGAAGCUUGUUCCAACCUUGAAGAUGGCAGAUCAGGACCUGGUUAAAGAUUAAGGGAGAGAGAGACAAAUGCAGGGUGGGGGACAUCCAGCUGGGCUGAAUGGCGUUCUAGCCGUGGGCAGUUGCUGCUCUGAGGAGUUUUUGUUUUAAUGCUUAAUGUCUUAGUUUAGUUUUAUCUGUUUUUUCCUCUCUCUCUCUCCUGUUUCUUUCAGAUAUUCUUUGGAGAUUUUUUUGGUUGUUUGGUACUUAGUUUCUGUUUGGUCAAUUUGAACCGCCACUCCCCUCCCGCUCUUGAAACACUGAGCCUAGCUGUUACUAUUACUGACUGGGCUGGCACGUUAGGAGACUUUGGGGUCUUGUCACUUUGGAGGCGGCUCGGCUGCCCUGUGGCUGUGUUGCUCCAAGUCACAGCACUGCUACCCCCAUCCCCGAAUUGCACUUCUAGUCUUACUGUGACACUGUUCAGAACUGAACUGGCUGUUUGAGCACUAUCAUUCAAGUAAAGAUUAAGGGAGACUAAAAUCUCAAACAACUCUGUUGUGAGUGGCAAAUCCUUCACUGGCCAAACAAAUUAUCUUGUGAAAACUUCUCCAUUAACUUAGCUUGGGCUUAAUCAGUCCUCCUUGUCCUAACUGGUUUUCGACCUUGGCUGUACAGCCAAAUAGUGACUUAUAUUUUUGUGCUAGUAGGAACAGAAUUAGAUGAGACAGACAAUGAAGCAGAGUAAGAAACCAAAAAUGUUGUAUAAAGCCUCCCAGUGCUUCAGCAGCCUCUUUGACUGUAAAGCCUCUUCUUAUAUUUUUGCCACAAAUGCCAGACUAAAGUACUAGUAUUGUUUUCAAGUUUUUAUACUGGCUCUGUUUUCAACCACUCCAAGCUAAACAAAAGCCUAGCUAAACAAAAGGUAUUCUUGGUUGUUGAGUGUUGCCUUCCCAUGAAGCAGGACUAUGUAGUCAGAUAGCCACUAUUUCCUCAGCUAGCUUAGGGUUAAAAGUAUGCAACUCAGGCAUAGUUCUCACCAAAGUGGUGAUGUCUGGUCCUGACCAUUUCAGAUUGCAAGAGUGGGCUCACCUGACCAAAUUUUCCUUUGUAUUAGAAAAACGCCUCCAUGUACAGAAAUACACAUACUGGUAUAUAAAAAAAAACCAAAGCUAGAGUUCUGACAUCUAGUUUUCUGCACAGAAGGCCUUUUUUAAACAGGGGAACAUUCAGUCAUGCUUCUACUUUCUGAAAUGAUACUGCCCAGAUAUAGGCCUCAAUGAAGGCUAGGCCUCUGAAAUGGGUUACUUCUGAUAGAAUGGGCUGUUGCAAGAUGGACUCCAGGAUCAUUCACAUAGCUCAGAUUAUGUCAGAUUAUCCUAGCUGUAGUGCUUCACCCAAAUGCUAUGUAGCCUUGGUUCCGACCCAACCCUUCCUUCUCCAACAUCAAGGCAGAGCAAGAAAGGAGAGACAUUGCCAGCUUAAAGCACUUCUAAAUCUGUUAAAAUUAUCUGAAGAAAGAGACGUGAUGGUGUGUGUGUGUGUGUGUGUGUGUGUGUGUGUGAGAGAGAGAGAGAGAGAGAGAGAGAGAGAGAGAGAGAGAGAGUUGAGAGCCUUUAACAUGCUGCUUGCAAUUCCCUUAUAUGGUUAGGGUAGACUAAAUGUUCACUGUGCAGUUCUGGUUGCCAUGCAGAUUGAUGGCCUGGUCUGGUAUCACCAGCUAUUAAGCUGCAGGUGGAUCCUUAAGGCAGUACUAUCACCUCCAGAGCCAGGGCCUCGUAUUUUAUUGAAACCUGAAGGAACGUGUAUGGUAAUAACCUGUGCUUAACAAGAGAUACUGCAAUAUUUUUUAAAGAUGGCUUUGGUACUUGUUGGUUAAAAAAAAUCACCACUUAAAUCUAAAUGAAAUUUGUCUUCAAUGACUUUAUUGUGCCUCUCUCAGCGUUUAAUGCUGCCACUGGCAAGGAUGUGGGGUUUUUAAGGCAUUGUCACAGGGGACUAUCCUUGUGGUGUUCUAGAGCUGCAUGAGAUUUUUAUUAAUGCCAGCCAUGUCACCCUCAUGAGUUUAUGUGCUAUCAGAACAGCAACUCUGCAGUGUCACAGCAGCAGAGAGAAGUAUCGCAAAGUUCCCACCUAGUACGGCAGCUGCAGCAGCAGCCUUUGCUGGUCAAAAGCAUAACGGCAUCAUGAGUUCAUCAGCCCUUAAAUUAAGGCUGCAGUAUCUCCUUUCCUUAAAUAGCACAAGAAUUGGAAUGAAUGUGUGCGUAAAGUGCAAGAGGCCCUCUGUGCGGGCAUGCGCACACGCUCACUUCCUGUUCUUUCAGGGUAAUUUGGACAUAGGAUAGGAAACAGAUCAAAUGUUCAUGUUUUUACUGUGGUGAAGCACAGUUCAGCCCACCCUGGCAAGUUUGUUUCUCCCACUAAUAAGUCAAGGUGCCCUCUCUGAAAUAAACAAUGUAGAACUAUUAGCACUGAGGAUCAAGUAACACACAGUCUUUAAUACACAGUAUUUCCAACUUAUACUAUUUAAAGAUGGGGAAGCUGUAGCUUUAAUAUACAAUAAUGUGUUUUGGUUUUGUUUGUUUUUCUAUAAGGGGAGGGGGGGGAGUGACCCAACACAAGCCAUCUGAGCCUCAUCCAAAAUUCAUCAUUUGUGUGUGCAUAUAUAUAAAUUGAUAUAGAGGCCUAUUAAUAUAAAUAAAACUCUCUUGUAAACAAUGCAUGAUUAAUAGCCAGUUAUGUAAAUAGCAGCAUGCAGAAAGCAGACCUCCCCCCCGCCUCCCCCGGUACACCGUGCGUGUCAUUUGCCCAUUUUCUAGAAUACAGUCAGGCUACAGAGUUAUUUUUAAGAUGUGGUGUGAAUGACUUUAUUUUACUUAAUGCGAUAGAGAGGGGAAUACUGUUUUUAAAAAAAGCAAGGGAGAAAGAGUGGUCGUAAUAAUGUAUGUUUAUUUUCAAUAAAAAAGUAAUAAUUUUUUAAAUAAAAAAGCAAGAAAGCAUGCCUGAUCCAUUAAAAAAAUACUCAUUCAAGGGAAGGGGGGAGUACAACACCAACAAUAUGGCGGUGAAUUUCAUCAGUGUCUUGUAACCUAUAUUUGCAAAACUAUAUCUUGUUGCAUUUUACCAUGUCCAGGUAGCAGCAACAUUGCAGCUUCAAUGUUCUGUGUCGUGUUGAAGCAUUUCACUGUUGAAGCAAAUUUAGAAGCCAUAUCAGAUCACAAGGGGGCAGGACCCUGAAACCGCAAGGGGCUGCCAGGUGAUCCUCAGUCUUUCUCCUCUCCCUUGCUAAUGUCUUCCCGCCUUUUGUAGUCCAUGUCUUAUGUUAUUUGUGGUGGGGGGAUUUGUUGGCAGCAGAGAGGCUGAAGUUCUAUUUUUGGUUGGACCUCUGAAGAAUGAAGGCCUUCCAAAUCUAGCAGCAAAAGUCCUUUAUUCUGAAUUCUCUGUCCUUCAGGAAGAUGAUUGUAUGUGUCGGGUAACAUUGAAAGCAGCUUCUCACUGCAUUUUAUGGCUGGCAGCAGGACACUAGAUCCGUGAGCAUCACCUGUGCUUGGGACUGUGUUUUCCCCUCUGAAUGUGUGAGAGGAGGGGGUUUAAAUCUUUCCUGUUUACCACUUUUGAAGGUUCAAGCUACAAAUACUAUGUCCCUAUGCCCUUCAUAGCUGAACAGAGCAUGUGGGGUUUUUCACAUUUAUUUAUUUAUUUAUUUAUUUUAUUAAACUUAUAGGCCGCCUUAUCCCCGAAGGGCACUGUUACCAUUAUGACAACCGACUUAAACUGAUGGUCAAAGGCUGAGGCGCUGGCGUGCAGCUCCUGUGGCAUACUUGGUUUGUCUGCAGUGACUCUUGCUCUCUGCUGAUGGGAGAGAGGGGCUUAUAAGCACCGUAUGUCAGGCUCCAUAGGUAAGAAGAGUGGGGGCGGGACUAAUGAGUGCCAUGUCUUCUUGUAAUGGUGGGACUUGUGUCUCUCAAGUGAAUGGCACUUUCACUUGCAAAGCAUCUUGAAAACUACUGGGACCUCUGCAACUAGCAGGGGAGGAAGACUGGUGAACGACUUCUCCCUUGCCUUUUAGUAACAUGCUGUGUGAGGCACAGAGUGCUAAGGAAUUAUGGCCCCGGACCGGAAUGAGUGAAGACAAUAUCUCAAGAAAAUUGUGUAGUGAGGGAGCUCAGCAAAAAGCCCAGUGCUAACUGACUUUACUGCAGGUCUGCACUCCAAGGACACAGAAAGGGAAAGGAAGUAGGAGCUGGCAGAAGAUGGGGGUAGGACAGCAAUCCAGUAUAGCAAGAAUCAGGUGGUCAACAUACUCUUUGAAAGAUGGCCUUGCUCUUGCACCUUUAAGAGCUGUUAGAUGUGCAGAAAUGUCACCAGAUGAAACUUUUCCUCUUAUAAAAGAUUACCAGCUGCCUAAUUCUGCCCAUGGAACUACUGUCAAAACCACAGGCACCAGUUCUAAAGUUGCCAACCGUAUUGCAAAGGCAACACACACAGAGAAUGGAGCCUUGAUGGAUCUGGCCUGCAUGGCACAUGCAUGUUGUUUGAGAAGAAGUACGUAAAGUCUUCAAAAAGUGAUAGGCGGGGGCAGAAUAGCGCCUCCUCUCUUUUGCACACAAGCCCCUCAGUUCAACUCCAGUCCUAUUACUUCUGAGUUUACUCCCGUCAUGGCCCUGUUCCAUCUCUCCCAGUGCGUUGGGAGCUCUGCAACACCAACCCCACACUCCCCUGCCCGCAGGAAGCUGCUUUUAAUGCCCCCCUGCCCUGCCCUGCCCUCGUGUGGAGUCUGUUUCUGUCUCUAUUGUUAAAUGGUUAUUUUGUAACGAUACGCGUCUCCUUAUUAAAGAAACUAGCUGAAAGAGCCA